AUGCUAACCAUAGUAGACGAAAAGCAAGUCAAGAUGGUAGCCAAGAGCCCAGGAAGUCAGAGCGAUGGCGAAAAUCCCGAUAUCGACUGGAGUCCGGAGGAAGAGCGACAAUUGGUGCGAAAAGUUGAUUUGAUUAUCAUGCCGCUGUUGAUCCUCGCUUUCUUUGCUCUACAGCUCGACCGUGGCAACAUGUAUGAAGACUACCCAAGCAUGAUUGAGGUGAACUGCAACCAUAUCUGA